GGUAGCUGUGAUGUCUUUUGUAUAUAAAGUAGCCAACAUUCUGCUUUGAAGACUCUUCAUCUCAUCAAUAAAAAAUAUUACUUCUAUAACUUCAUCCCAAGAUACAAACAAAUUCUUCUUUAACCUCCCAUCAAAUCAUCAAUCACUUCUUCAACAUGCAAUACUCAAGCAUCCUUAGCAUUGUUGCUCUCGUCUCGACAGUGGUAGCUGCUCCAGCGCCAAUCCCAGAGCCAUCCAAGUAUGCUACCGUCAUUUUCCACGGUGCAGCUGGAGCUCAAUACUCUGUUGUUGUCCCUCUAGAUGGCGCAGAGACACCAACAAGUUCGCUUCCCCUUUCCUCCGUGCCAAUAAGGUCAUACUAACCCUUGCCCAUAGACAAUGUCCUCUCUAUCUCAUCCGUCUCCUCUGACAUCGUUAACGUCAAAGAACAAUGUGUUUUGAAGACUGUUGAUCAACCCCCGGUCCUCGUGGCCCAAGGCGCCGGAACCUGGACCGUCGGCCCCCCUCAAACCGUCAAGACAAUCUCCUGCAAAGGAAAAGACGUUAAUCCUCCCAUCAUCAUCCCGUCAUCUAUCUCCAUUGAAUUCGAUGGAGCCGAUCCAACUCUCGGCGCAAAAUAUACCGUUAAUGUCCCAUUGAACGGUGUCCAGGUCCCCACCAACAACGCACUUUCCAUCUCCACCUUGGUUUCUACCUUCGACGCUCUCCCAUCAAAAUGUACUUUCGACUAUGUCGAUCGUCCAGCUGCCCUUGUACUCAUCGCUCCUGGCAAAUGGUCCGUUGGUCCUCCUCAAACCAUUAAGGCCGUCAGCUGUGUUGCUUAAGUGACAUAUUCGUUGUCAUAAUCUGCAGAAGUUGUCCUAGAUUGGACGAGCAAUUGAAUUUUGGAACGACGUAUGAAAUCUAGACGAGGCUCGGGUAAUAUUUUGGACUCUCUUUUCUAUGCAUUUAGCGGGGCAUUUUGGUUGGGAAGAGG